ACGGCAGGCAGACAGGCUGUGGCGCUGGGCUGGCUUCAUCUCAGCAGCGACUGAGCCCGGGCGUGGCUGUGGUGAAUCGGCCGGGGACAGGCUGCAGGGAACAAGUGCGUGAGCAACUGAAGGGAAUACCGUGGGCGGGGGGAGAUUAAAAAAAACAUGGGGAAGGAAGCGGGACCAGGAGAACGCGGAGUCCAGUAUGAAACUGGGGAUCUUCUGAGAUCCGCCAAGUUGUUGCCCGGCGGGGGAGAGGAGGAGCCGGAGCAGAGAGAGCAGCACAGGAGAGACCCCGGCGGACUCAACACUCACAUCAAGGUUUCCUUCGAGGAUGUGAUCGCCGAACCUGCUGCCACGCAAAGUUUCGACGGCAUCUGGAUUUGUAGCAUCGCCUCGUUUGAAGUCAGCAAAUUCCUGCUGUACAAAGUCCUCACUCUCUUCCUGGCCAUCCCGCUGGCCUUCAUCAUUGGCAUUCUCUUUGCCGUCAUAUCUUACGUUCACAUUUGGUUCCUGAUGCCCGUUGUGAAGACCUUAAUGAUGAUUCUGCCCCCCAUUAAGAUCAUCUGGAAAAGUAUUAUGGACAUGUUUGUUUCUCCUCUGUUCGAGAGUAAGGGCCGGUGCUUCUCUGCAUUCAAUAUCCGCUUCUCUGAAAAAUAAAGAAGAAAGCAAAUGGUGGCAUUCACAGCGAACAAUCUGAACCCAAAAGGAUUCCAGACUUUAUGAAAUAAGUAGCAUUACCUAUGCUUAAACUUUUCAUUCCAAAUGCACUUUGAGAAAGUAUCUGACAGUUUUUAAGUAUCUACACAUUUUUGCAUAAAGUCCAUUUAGAAAUAGGCAUACAUAUAAUUGAUUUAUUUUUAUUACAAGUCAGUAAGCAUCCUGGUGUUGAUUAAGAAAGUUUGCACCAAGAUAUUGCCAUGCAAUAAUUAAAUCCUGUUUAAUAUUUUGACAAAUAUUCAUAAGAAUUAUGUGGCACUAUGAGGCCAUUCGGUCCAUCAAGUCUAUACCAUCUUGCAUUGCAUUCCAAUCAACCACAUUCCCCUCCUGUCUCCCUUUAACACUCUCUCAAGGGCCUAUUCAUUUAUUUUUUGAAGGCACUCGUAUUUCUUCCAGCUUGAUCAAUUGAAUUUCAGAUCCUUGCUAUUCUAAGGGGGUUGACCCCAAUCCCCUCUGUGCCUAACAUUUUAAAUGCAUGUCCUCUGCUUCUUGAACUAGUAGCUAAAAGGAACAAUUUUCCUUUAUUUACCCUCCCUGAAGAUGUCAUGACCUUUUCAUGAAAUGCUCAUACCUUUAACUCCUGUAGAUAUAUCUGCAUUUUGAGGGACCUUCACAUCCUUCCUUAACCUUCUGACCAAAA